CAACUCUCCGCCAUCCUACUCGCUUCCACCAUACAACCAAUCUGCUCCAUGAUGCCAUCCUAGACGCGAUCGUCUGAACUGCCUGCAUUGACCGUCGCUGCCUCGACCCACCCGCUCACCUCACUCACCACCUGUCUUGGUCAGGAUGCCGGCGCAAACAGAGAAAAGCCAGCUCAAGCGAGGUCGCCUGUCUCAAGGCGAGCAAGUUGAGCCUAAGAGGACCCGCCACUCGCGCCUUUCGCCUCCUGCAAACGCUAGUCGUCUGAAGCAGGGCCCUCUGCCUUCGCCUGUCACCAACAAGGAAUCCACUGGCGACCCUUCGCAGGAUCGCAAGGAAGGAACCCAGAGCCCCCCUUCUGCCCGUGGUCCCAGCCAGGUUGCACGCGGUGGCCUGUCGUCGCCGCCGCCCUCGGAUACCCAGCCCUUUUCGCAGUUCGUCUACCCGCCUGAAAACCGGACAUAUGCAGUCGAGGAUGAGGAGGGCGAAGAGGUGUGGGGUUAUCUAGUGCCCAUGGACAGCAGUGCUGGCGAUGUAAUGGUUUUGCGCCGGAGACAGGCCUGUCCAGUUCCCAGCACAAUCGUCGGACAGACCAAUGGCAAGGAGCACGUAAGCAAAGGCGAGUACAAGGGCCAGGAAGAGCAUUACGAGAAAGAGAAGCAAGAGUGCGGUGUUCCCGCGGGUGGAUAUCUCAUAGGCCGCCACCGAGAGUGCGACAAGGUGCUAAACUCACCAACCGUUUCCAACCGCCACUGCCUAUUGUUCACAGAGAAAAAGGGGGGCGACGUUGUUGCGGUACUCGAGGACUUGUCGGGCAAUGGAACCUUUGUCAACGACACGUUUGUCGGACGGAACAAGCGACGCGAACUGCGUGAGGGCGACGAAAUCGCCAUCCUCGACGAAGCCCGCUACGUCUUCAGAUACCCGCUCAAGCGCAACACACACCGGUUCCGACAGCAGUACACCAUACAAGAGCAACUGGGCAAGGGCCAUUUUGCAUCCGUCUACCUUUGCGCGGAAAAGUCAACAGGCAUACGGCAUGCAGUCAAGAAGUUCGAGAAGCGCAGCGGUCCCGGAGAAAAGUCAAAGGUGGAGGGCUUGCAGCAGGAGAUUGCCGUGCUCAUGAGCGUUAGCCACCCAGCGCUUCUUUGUCUCAAAGACACAUUUGAUGAAGACGAUGGAGUCUACCUUGUUCUUGAGCUGGCGACAGAGGGCGAAUUAUUCAACUGGAUUGUGAUGAAGCAAAGGUUGACCGAGGAUGAGGCUCGCAAGGUCUUUGUGCAAUUGUUUCAGGCGGUUAAGUACCUGCAUGAACGUAACAUUGUACAUCGAGAUAUUAAGCCUGAGAACAUUCUGCUCACCGACAAGGAGCUGUCUAUUAAGCUGGCCGACUUUGGUCUUGCCAAAAUCAUUGGUGAAGAGUCGUUCACGACUACGCUGUGUGGUACUCCAUCAUAUGUUGCGCCUGAAAUUCUAGAAAACUCAAACCAUCGCCGGUACACACGUGCUGUCGACGUGUGGUCAUUGGGAGUCGUCUUGUACAUAUGCCUAUGCGGUUUCCCUCCCUUCUCAGACGAGCUAUACAGCGCCGAGAACCCGUACACAUUGUCUCAGCAGAUCAAGAUGGGUCGGUUUGACUAUCCAUCGCCAUACUGGGACUCUGUUGGCGACCCAGCACUAGAUCUCAUCGACCGCAUGCUCACCGUCGACGUCGAGCAACGCAUCACCGUCGACGAGUGUCUGGAGCAUCCAUGGACUACGCAGGGCAAGAUCAAUGUUAACGACAGCACCGACGGCCUGACGGGCGCAAUUUCAAAACUAGACUUUUCAAAGCGUAAGAUACAGCGGGAGCGCACCAUGCUGAGCAGCAUCAACGAUGUCAAGGUAACGCGCGUCAUUCAAGGUAUCGAAGGGCAGGAUCCGGUCAAGGUGUACGAGAAGAAUGGGGUAGAGAGCAACGGCAAAAAGGCCAAGGCCAAGCAACAUGCAGUUGCAGAGGAACAGCCGGCUGCGCAACGGCACCCCGAAGAGUUUGUGGAAAUGGGCGGCAAGGGCGACCAGACUCUGUACUCUGAAGAAGACGACGGGUCUCGCUACCCAACGGACCAGGGCCUUUUGUCUGGCGAGAGCAAGGAGGCCAAGGCGUAGCAAUAGUGCUUUCUGAUUUGCAGAGUGUUGGGCGUACCUGGGCGUUAUGGGCGGGCACAAGCACAAGUGUCGAGACGGGCAUGUACAACAGUGGGACUGGCAUGGUCCAAGCAUAGCGUAAUACAUACAUGGAAAUUCUCAAGAGC